AUGUCAUCUCCGACCUCCUCGCCCGAGAGUGACAUCGAGCCCUUGAUAAUCCUCCUGCUGCUCACGAUGGUUCGGGCCGCCUCGAAGUACUACGACGGCCCUAUCCGGCCGUACGAGUUCGGGUUCAACAUCGAGGGCCACCAGCAUCGGAAAGAAUCGAAAGAUAAAAACGGAAUCAUUAUGGGCGAGUUUGGGUUCAUCACCGCCGACAACGUUUACCACGUGACGGUGUAUGCCACCGACGAGGACGGUAACUUUAAGAUUGUCAGCAUGAAAAACUACAAGCUCGGUCCAACGGCGCCUCCACCCUCAUCAGCCCCCCCGGUGACUCGACGGGUGACGACCCCCACCCAGACGGCCACCACGUCGACCACUCCGCAACCAUUCCGUAUCAUAACCACCGCCAAGACGAUCGUUCCGCUUACCACGCCCAAACCGUCGAAUGUUGCGGCCUGCUCGGGAUGCAAAAUACCAGAGCCACCUAGCAGCACUACGAUUACCACCACCACGCCGCCCGAAACGAGCACCCAGUACGUGCCACCAUUCAAGAUCGUGAACAAAAACGACCUCGAGUCUUCCUCGGGGAUGACCACGACCACGACUACGGUAGCGCCCACCGUCGCCGGAGCGCAAGACACUCCUCAAAAGCUGAUCGACAAAGUAGCAUCCAAACCCACCCCGACCGGCCAACGUGCUGCUUCCGGUUCCGGUGAGCGACCGCCGAGCGAUAGAACGAGUUCGGAACGUCAAUCGCCUAAAGGUAUGCAACCGAGUAGCAAAUCGGGCACCGAAUUUAGCCGAGACACACCGAGCAGCUCGAUCGAGCGAUCGAACGCGGGAACCGGUUCGGUUACCGGUAGUUCGACACGCGAGUCCGAGGAUCCGAUGAAAUUAGUCGAAAUACACACUGCCAACAUGAUCCAGCACAUCCUGAACGGGUUGCUGUAUCGGUUCAACUACACCGCCGGUUACCAUGGCCACCACGAGGAGGGCGACCGGCAGGGCAACAAGGAGGGAGGCUACUACGCGAUCGGCCGGGACGGGAUCCGGCGGGGCGUGAGCUAUAAAGCGAACGAGUUUGGGUUCCAGCCCCACAUCAAGUUCGAAAAGGUGUCCCCCGAAGAAACGCCCCGGGAAGAGACGGAAAAGCAGGCCGGGCUGAAGGGAUUCGACUUCAAAUGGUUCUACGGGUCCUAA